AUGCCCGUUUUUCGCCUCCUCCGCUCCUCUAACCGCCACGAUUCGGAGAAGUCCCCCAACGGCCUCAUCGCGCCGGGGCCCUUCCCUGCCGCCUUCCCGCCCCGCCGCCUUCUUCUUUUUCUUUUUCUUCUUCCCAUUUUCGCCAUCGCCGUCAUCGCCCUCCUCCAUUUCAUCAGCGCCACACCGCCACCAACUCCACAAUCCAUGGACACACCCUCAACCACAACAGCCACAAAAACACCGGUGAAUACACCCCAGCAACUGAAUAGUCGUGGCAAAAAGUUUUGGCUCAGUGGUUCAUGGGGAUAUAUUCUACAGGCCCCAAAGGAUUGUUGGCCACAUCCACGAUUUGAUAGUUUUGCCAUUGCAUGUCCGCUGUUGCGAAAAGAAACAUUACCUAUGGUGGUAACAAUGGAAAUUAUGUCGUUGCUUACAGUGAAACAAGUCCAAUGUAAAAGCUGUACCACUCAAUCUUCACCAAAAAUGGAUACGGAGACAAAGUUUAUUUUAAAUAGGACAAGGAGAGGAAGAAGUGGAUCUCGUUCAGUACGGUUACUUGAAGUGAUACUUCCUCCUUUUUCUGUAUCAUGUCAGUCAGAAAAAAAUUAUCAAAAAAAUGAAUGGGGUUUUGAUACAAAUGGACUUAAUACUUCAAGUUGUAUGAUACGUUUUGACCUUCUUGUAUCACUUAAAAAGAGGCUUGGAUUGAGUCCUAGACCAAUUCCUCCAAUUUGUUUUGCAGCUAUAGGUGAUUGGGGAGCACCUAAACCAGAUCAAAGUAUGGUUAUUCGACAACUUAAAUUAUUGAUGAGACAGUAUUGGGUGAAAUUCAUUGUUUCUACAGGGGAUAACUUUUAUCCUGCAGGAGUUCGUUCUCUUACAGAUGCACAAUGGGCUGAUACAUUUGAACGUCCUUUUUCCCAUAAAGCAUUUAAACGAGUACCGUUUCUUAUAUCUGCAGGGAAUCAUGAUCUACUGGGAAAACUCUCAGUAUUAGUGGAAUAUAGCAAGACAAAUCCAAUGUGGUUCUUCCCUGCCCCAUAUUUUGGUAUUACUAUUCCUUUGAUUAAAAGUUGUACAGAAACAAGUGAUUUGAAGAAUAAGAAGGAUGAAGGUACUGAGGAAGAUUCAUCAUCCUGUACAGCUGAUGUAAUGGAUGUAUUCGUUAUGAAUAGUUAUGAAGAUAAAACAUGGGAUCAUCAAAUAAAAAGUGGAAAUGAUUUCUUUGAUGCUCGUCCUUUUAAUGAUCCAAAACGACAUCGCUGGAGACUUGUACUUAAUCAUGAAGCUCUUUUGUCAGGUAGUAUGCAUGGAGUUAAAAUGGCUCGAAAUCAAGUAUUUCGUAAUCGCAUACUUCCUUUUAUAUCUAAACAUAAAAUUCAUGCGUACCUUAAUGGUGAUGAUCAUUUAUUAGAAAUACAUCACCUUAAUGGAACUGAUUUUAUUACGAGUGGUUCUGGUGGAGGUUCUACUUGUUAUCAAAGUUUUGAACGUCUAUCAACUACUGUAUGGCGACCAGAAAUAAAACGUGGUAUGCGUGGAGAAGGAAACCGAUUUGUAUUGGGUCCCACUUUGCAUUGUACGGUACCAUUUUCAGAUAGUUUAACAACUACGCUGUAUAAUGUAAGUGCUAUCCAUGAAGAAGAAGUAUAUAUUCAUGACACAAUAUACGAUAGAAAAUAA